GCCUUCGUGCUCGGCUACUUGGCCGAGGUGGAGGCGCUGGCCGAAGAGGUGAUGGCCGCCAGGCAGCAGAUUGUAGAUCUGGAUCAGAAACGGAACCAGAACCGGGAGGCCCUGAGGGCCCUGAGCAAGGAAGUUGACUGUCCUGAGAAAGUCACGGUUUGCUUUGGGAAUAUGUUUAUACAGCUUCCAAAAACAAAGACCCAGGACAUGCUGCAGAGAGAUCAAGAGCUCUUGGAUGAAGAAAUCACGAAAUUGCAGAAGGAACUCAAAGUGAAAGUCAACAACCUCUUGGAGGCCCAAGGUAAGCCGGAACUGAAAGGCUACAAUUUGAAACCCUUGAGUGCUGAAGAAAUGUGGUUCAUGAGAAAGGUGGUAGACAACUGAAGCAAUCUCCUGUUGUGGAUUCAUGUGGCUGCUCCCAGCAUGGGAAAUAUGGGCAGGACAGUUGCUUUCCAUGCUUCUUGCAUAGAAAACUGGGUGUUUGUUGAGCUGCUGAGCAUCUCAUUGGCAUCUUUCAUGGGAGGUGCUCUCUUAAAGCCAGUGAGAUUACCGCAAACUUGGCAAGAGAAGACAACACUGAAGCUUUAUGCAGCACGGACAAACGACAAAAUCUGAGGAGCCAGACAGAUCCUUUAGGUCAGAAUUUCGUCCUUUUAAGAUGUGAUAUUGAAUACAAAUUAGUGGAAAUGACAUUCACAUUUUUCUAGUUUCUGUGCAGAUGGCCUGUGUGAUAAUAAAUUGAACAAGACUCCAAAAUCCGUUGGGUGAAUGGUGGAAAAUGAUCUCUUCUUCACUUUGGUUGUGUUUGUCUACCCUCAGUAACCGUCUGCAUUAAAACUCUGAGAACAAAGCCAGAAAAGGUGCCCCUUGGCUAGCAGAUAAAAGACAUGUCAUUAGUAUCCAGUUGCCAUAGAGGGCAGAGAGCAAGUGGAUGAUCCCCACCCUCAGCCUGCAGGAGCCUCUGCCCAUCAGGAUGUUGUGGGUGCACCUUCUGUUAUCUGGUUUGGACUUUAUUUAUGUCCUGUGUUUUAUGAAGAGCAGUGCAUGGCUGGUAGGCAAAAAUGCCACAUGGUAGAGUUAGAAAACUAGCCUUGUCCCUUUCCUCCAGGCAGUUACCUGCUGGUUGUCCUUCACAUUUAAAAUUGAGCGUACUACAAUUGCAAGCAGAAGCUUAGCCCCCUCCUCCCGGUCAAACUGCAUGUUUCAAUGAAUCCCCAGGUGAACAGAAGCAGGCACAACCUCUGUACAAUGCAAAAGUAAACAUGACAUCUUUCCACAAAGAUACAGGCUGCACACAUAUUAUUAAUCUGCAGUUGUCUGUGUAUUCAAAAUAAGAAAUCAGUUAAUAUGGCAAGUGCAGUGGAGGCUCUUUCAGAAUGUAGCACCUCCUUUAGCAGAAAUAACAACUUCAGAACGUUUCCUAUAGCUCACAGGAAUCUUUUCUAUUCUGACUUUUAGGAUUUUUUCCUUACUCUUCCUUGCAGAACUGUUUUAGCUCAGAAAUAUUCCUAGGUCUCCUUGCACAGAUGGCAUGCUGAGAUCUCCUUAUAGAUUCUCAAUCAUAGUUAAGUCUGGGGACUAUGAACACCAUUGCAAAACCUUUAUCUUCUUUCUUGCCAGUAAUUCAUGAUUGAUUUGGAGGUAUUUUCAAAUUAUUGUCUUGAUGAAAUGUUCAACCUCUUUUCAGCUUCAGUUUCUUCAUGGGCUGGGGAAUAUUUGCUUCUACAAUAUGGGGGCACUGAAUUUAGUUGAAUUCAUUCUUUGUUCCACCUGCACAAAGUUUCUUGCACCAGCGGUUGCUUCACAGUCUCACGCCACAACAGAGCCAUUGCUGAGCUUAACAGUUAGGAAGUUCUUUUCUUCAAAUGCUUCAUCCGCUUUUCUCCAAAUGUAUCGUGUGUGGUUGUGUCAGAACAGAUUUUGUUUCGUCAGUCCAAAGUACUUUAUUCCAAAACAUUUGGAGCUUAUGAUAAGAUUAUAAAGAGAUUAGGAUGGCUCCAACCCUGCUGGCCUUUCAUAAGGCCCUAAAGACUUGGUUCUGUGCCCAGGCUUGGAGCCCCGAGUGUGUGAAAGGUCUUGUCUCCUGGCUGUGCUAACGACAAUCGACUGUGAUAUAUUGCUCGGCUGCUGUGUAUUUUAAUUUUUCUAUUUUGUGAUGGGAAUUGGUUUUAAUUUAUUUUAAGAUUGUUCACU